AUGGCCUCCCCCGUGACGGCUCCCGAGGACCAAAGCCGCCUCCUCGAGGAGGCAUUGGGAGUGGUCCGACAGCAGUCGCAGAUGAUGCGAAAAUGCCUAGAGACGCCGGGGAAAUUAAUGGAUGCGCUGAAAUGCGGAUCGACUUUCGUGUCCGAACUACGAACGCCCAGCCUAGGUCCGAAACAAUAUUAUGAACUGUACAUGGCCGUGUUCGACGCCCUGCGACACCUCUCCGUUUACCUGAAAGAGAACCAUCCCGUGAACCACCUGGCCGAUCUGUACGAAUUGGUCCAGUAUGCCGGCAACAUCAUCCCGAGAUUGUACCUCAUGAUCACUGUGGGGACCGUGUACAUGUCGGUGGAAGACGCCCCCGUUAAGGAGAUCAUGAAAGAUAUGAUGGAAAUGAGCCGAGGCGUGCAGCACCCCAUCCGCGGCCUGUUCCUACGAUACUACCUGUCCGGCCAGGCGAGGGAUUACCUACCCACGGGGUCGGGCGACGGUCCCGAAGGCAACAUGCAGGACUCGAUUAACUUCGUGUUGACCAACUUUGUCGAGAUGAAUAAGCUGUGGGUGCGACUGCAACAUCAGGGCCCGUCCCGGGAGCGGGAGAAGAGGAUGCAGGAGCGCCGGGAGCUGGAGCUGCUGGUCGGUAGUAAUGUUGUUCGCCUCAGUCAAUUGGUGGACUUGGAAGGUUACAAAUCGGGAAUCCUGCAGGCGCUGCUGGAACAGGUCGUUCAAUGCCGGGAUGUCCUGGCGCAGGAGUAUUUGCUUGAAGUGAUUACCAAAGUCUUCCCCGACGAAUUCCAUCUCCAUACACUUGACCUCUUGCUCUCCGCGAUCGCCCGACUCAAUCCGCACGUGGACCUGAAGAAGAUCGUCAUCGGCCUGAUGGACCGGCUGUCGGCGUAUGCGGCGCGCGAGACCGAUUUGUUGACCGACCCAGAAACAAGGCAGCAGACUGAGGAGGAAGCGGUGACAAAUCUCCUCGAGAAUGUCAAGAUUGCCGAAGAGACCAAGAAACAGGCGCCUGCGGAGAAUACGGAGACCACCCCCGUUCAGGAGAACGGCGUGGAGCAAGAGUCGAAGGAAACGGAAGAGAAGCCUCCGGCUGCCCCAGAGGAGGAGAACACCGAGAAAAACGCCAACGGCGACGGCAACGAAAAACCUGGCGUUCCUGCCAAUGUCAGGCUCUAUGCCAUCUUCUACGAGCAGGUGGUCAAUCUGAUCAAGUCUCGCGGGCUUCCCAUCCAAGACACGAUGGCCCUGCUCGUCUCCCUGGUCAAUCUGGCGCUGAACACAUACCCCGACAAACUCGAAUACGUGGAUCAGGUCCUUGACUUUGCCACCAAAUCCACUGCCGAGUACACGGAUCAUGCUGAUCUGCACUCCGCUCCGACGCAACAGAACCUCCUGCACCUCUUGGUUGCCCCUCUUCGCUCCUACUUUUCCAUCUUUACGGCGUUGGCCCUACCUAACUACCUUCCACUUUUGACCGCGCAAUCGUAUCCUACCCGUCGCUCCGUUGCUGGUGAAAUCGCCCGCAGCCUUCUCAAGAACCGCACGCUCAUCGCUACCACGGACAACCUUGACCGUGUUCUCCAGGUUCUCCGGGUUCUGAUCAAAGAGGGCACGCAGCAGUCCAUGGGAUACCCAGGAGUACAAUCACAACGCCGGGGCGAGACGGACGAGACCAUCGAAGAGCAAGGCUGGCUCGCACGAUUGGUUCAUCUGAUUCAGGCACCAGAAAACGAUGUUCAGCUCAAGCUCCUGCAAUCAACUCGCAAGGCCUAUGCAGACGGCAACGAACGGAUUCGAUACACAACGCCGGCGCUCAUCAGCGCCUCGAUACGUUUGGCGCGCAAGCUCAAAACCCGUGAGCAUUUAGAUGACAACUGGCAGUCGCAGUCGUCAGCCUUGUACCGAUUCAUGCAUCAAUGCGUCAACAACCUGUACCAGCGAGUAAACCCGGGAUGCGCCGAUUUGUCUCUGCGGCUAUUUGUCAUGUGCGGCGAGGUCGCCGACCAGACUGGAUUUGAAGAAUUUAGUUACGAGUUCUUCGCGCAGGCCUUCACUAUCUAUGAAGACUCUAUCAGUGAUUCGCGGGCCCAGUUCCAGGCUGUCUGCAUUAUUGCGGGAGCUCUUCACGGUUCCCGAGGAUUCUCCAAAGAGAACUACGACACGCUCAUCACCAAGGCGGCGCUGCACGGCAGCAAGCUGCUCAAGAAGCCCGAUCAGUGUCGUGCAGUGUAUCUCGCUAGUCACCUCUGGUGGGUUGUCGAGAACCCGCAAAGAGGAGAGGAAGACGCCAAGAACCUCUACCGCGACGGAAAGCGCGUUCUCGAAUGUCUCCAGCGGGCUCUUCGUGUUGCCGACGCUUGCAUGGAUACCGCUGUCUCCGUUGAACUCUUCGUUGAGAUCCUCAACCGCUAUGUCUACUACUUCGACCAGCAGAACGAAACCGUCACGACUAAAUACCUCAAUGGCCUUAUCGAGCUCAUCCACUCCAACCUGCAGACCAACCAGGACGAGCCCAACCCGAACCUGGAAGGCCCGAAGCGCCAUUUCGAGCGUACACUAGAGUACAUUCGAUCAAGGGACUACGAAGGCAUCGUCACAGACCCUAGACAGUGA